AACUUUUUUUCAGGAAAAUGAAGAUCCUUUUGGUCCCAGUCGUUCUGCUUGCGACUAGCAUGCUAGUGGGAUCUACAACCGCUCAACAGUUUGGGAACAAUUACAACAAGCUUGGAAGAAACAGCAGACUGACGAGGGAAAGUCCCAGCGCUGACCAAAUGGUUCAAAACAUCCUGAGAUGGCUGGAGGGAGCGUACACGAAGCAAAGUAGAAGAAGUAGGUUUGCUCAGGGCGAAGACCACUAUUGGCCGCUAUACCCUCCGCUUGAUCAAUUCUCGCCUAGGUUUGGGGAUGACGCAUUUAGACAAGGGACGAUAAAGGAGUACCUCCCACCGUUUAACACAGACAAGCCACAUGGCUUCACACCAGCGCCACCUGGCAGUGGGGGAGUUGAUGAAGAAGGGAACUUUGUGGACAGCGGAUAUCCUCCAAGUGGAAGUUCGCCACAGCCGCCGUUCACCUUACCUCCAUCAGGAGCUCCAUCAGAAAAACCAGGCUUCCCAACAGCUCCACCUCCAGGAUACACACCUAGUGUGACGGGACCCGAGCGGCCUGGCACCACGCAACCUGGGUACACUCCUGGUGUCCCUGGUGCUACGGAAGAACCUCAAAAACCAGGUUUUCCCACACAACCCCCACCUGGAUAUACUCCUAGCGUUACAGGACCAACUGAGCAACCAGAAAAACCAGGUUUCCCAACCCAACCAGAAGCUCCUGGUACUUCAGCUCCCGAGACCACUCCAGGACAACCAGAAGGACCUGCAGUUACAACAAGUCCAGGAUACACCUACAAGGUACCAGAAACUACACCGAGCAUUCCUGGAGGUACGCCUGGGGUACCUACAGAAGGACCUGAACGGCCGGGUACAGAAGGACCUGCUCCAGAAGUAACACCUGGUCCUGAAGGACCCGAAGGAACUACUUCACGUCCAGGAGUCACAGAAAAAGAGCCUUCUUCCACAGUUCCUGGUGAAACUCCCCAAGAACCAAAAGCCACUCCAGAAGGUCCUGAAGGUCCAGAAGGACCAACGGAAGGGCCUGGUGAGCCUGAGCCGACUGAAGGUACAGGCGAAACUGAACCAGGCCCAAAACUACCGGAAGGCCCCACAGAAGUAUCUACUGAGGGGCCUGGAGGACCAGUACCAACAGUUCCAGGAGAACCUCAAGUCACUACAAAAGGACCUGAAGAACCUGGAAAAGAACCUGGACCUGCUGAAGCUCCAGAGGUACCAGAAACUAGUCCUAGCUUACCAGGAGGUCCCACAGAAGAACCUGGAGAACCAGAAAAAGAACCGACCGGAGCUCCAGAGGAACCUAAGGUACCAGAAGCUACUGAAGGCCCUGAAGUACCUCAAACUAGUCCCACUGAACCAGGAGUUGAAGGCCCAACAGAAGAACCUAUACAGCCCGGAAACGAACCAGCAGUCACGGAAGGUCCAGAAGAACCAAGUCCAAAGCAACCAGAAGGUACAACUGAAGAACCUGGAAAAGAAUCAGGAGCUACAGAAGAGCCUGGUGAACCAGGAACAAGUCCAAAACUACCAGAAGGUACAACAGUAUCUGUUGAACCUGGAAAAGAACCUGAGGGACCUACAGAGGGAUCAGGAGAACCUGAAGGUUCUACCGAGGGCAGUGGAGAGCAGCCAGAAGGUACUAAGGAACCAGAAGUACCAGGUGCAAGUACUAAGCUGUCGGAAGGCAGCACUGAACCAGGAAUAGCACCAGAGGGGACGACUGAAGGCCCUGCUACAAGUCCAAAAAUACCUGAAGGUCCGACAGAAGAAACAGUAUCCGAAAAAGCAACUGGUGGAGAAGAAGUGCCUGGAACAAACAUACCUGGAGAGGCUACAGAGGGACCUGCAACAAGCCCAAAACUACCAGAAAGGCCGACUGAAGAAACUGGAGUUUCUGAGGGAGGAGAAAUACCUGGCAUGAGUUCGAAAACACCUGAAGUGCCAACAGAAGGGCCAGAAGAACCAGGAAAAGAACCAACGCAAGGAACUGGCGAACCUGGAAAGGAGCCAGAAGGUUCUACAGAAGCAACAGCGGUACCUACUGCUACAGAAGAGCCUAUUGCUCCUUCUGCUCAAACAUCAGAAGGUCCAGAGACCACUGAAGCUGCAGGUUCAACAACAAAGCAACCCACACCUGAACAACCAAGUGGAACCGAAACCACACCGAAACCUGAAGGCCCAGAAACUCCUGGUCCCAAAGAACUACCCACCACACCUGGAGAAGAGCCUGGCACUACUAAAGCACCAGAAUCGCCAGAUGAUGAAAGACAUCCUCCACACAUUCACGCAAUCGAUGUUGAGUGCGGAAAAGAAAUGAUGACGAUCAACAUUGAAUUCAAUCGACCAUUCAACGGAGUAAUCUACUCGAAAGGAUAUUAUAACAUGCCAGAAUGCAGGUACGUUCAAGAGAACUCCAACCAAAUCAAAUUCUCCUUCACGGUGAAUUUGAACAUGUGCGGAACCGAAUUCGUCAACGCAUUUGAUACGGAAGGGCAAAGCUACUUGGAAAAUGUCCUGGUACUGCAAAACGAACCUGGAAUCCAAGAAGUGUGGGACACGGUUCGAUCGGUACGAUGCCUAUGGGAGGGAAAUCUGAAGGAACAACUCAGCGUUUCACUAAUGGUAGGCAUGCUUAGCCAAGAAAUAGUGACCUUUAGCGGAGAUACAGCAAUGGCCAAACUAGAUGUUUUGCAAGGAAGAGGCGCUUUCGGACAGCCUGCUAACGGCUUGGUCAAAAUAGGUGAUCCACUCACCUUGGUGGUAUCUGUAUCAGGAGAUCCAGGGUUUGAUGUCCAGGUUAAAGAUUGCCGAGCUACAGAUUCUACAGGGUCCAACACAAUUCCUCUAACUGAUGAUGAUGGUUGUAUUUUGAAACCCAAGUUAUUCGGAGCCUUCCAAAAAACCAGAAAUACGGAAAAUACUGGAGCGUCUGUGAUAGCGUACGCCUACUUCAACGCCUUCAAGUUCCCCGACGUGAUGGAUUUGAUGAUCGAAUGCAACAUCGAGCUUUGCAAGACGGACUGCGAGAUGUGUCCGAAGACAGACCAGGCUUUAGAGCCUGCUAAACGAAGGAGAAGGAGACGUGAGGCCAACAACGCAACGAUGCUUCAUGAUGGAGUCGCCAUGGGGAAACAUUUGAGGGUGAUCUUGCCGGAGGACUUGGCCAGCGCAACGGCUAGUUUAGGAAAUGAGAUUACAUCGGUUUGCAUGUCAACCCACAGCUUCGUAUUCGGAUCAUCUCUCCUCGUAUCUCUACUCACUGCAAGUUGCGUACUCACUGCCUACAUCUGGCUAAAGAGAAGUCGCCAAGAAACGUCCAAGCUAGCCACAUACUGAUUAUCCGAGAAUUUUAGUUGAAUGACUAGUUGAUAAUUGUGUAUACGGUUAUAGCUUUUGAGGUAGCAAAAUUGGUAACUAUACAAUACAAUUGAAUACACCAGCUACUCACCGUUCAAAGUUGGUAUAAUAGUAUUCAAAAUAUUAUAGGAUGUUUCAAAGGUGUCGGAAAUAAAAUAAUAAAGGUAGAGGCUCAUGAUAUUAAGAUAAUAUUUGCGUUUUUGAAAGAUCGCUUAUUCUCAAAAUUGAUUUACUUCAAGGAAUUAACGCACCACAAACAAUUUUUUGUGUAUGAAGCGUCGUAUUAUCGAUAUUUUCAGAUAUUUUUUUUUGAUAUUCAAUAGUCUUUCAACAGCUAGGUAUAUGUUCAAUGUGGAAUUCGGUAGCCUCAAUAUUAAAUUAAUGUUGAAACCACAUUUUGACAUUACAUUUUUGGAAAAUUUGUUUUUGAUUUACUUUUCAAUCCUUUUUAUUACAUUUUUGUUGAACGGCAACGCCGCAGGCUACUUAAAUUUAGAAAAACCGCUGUCAUCUCAUGGCCGUCAUACCCUAAGGUAUCUGGGAUGUUUUUGGCAGGAUGUUACAAAAAAAACACACAUUAAAACUACUGGCAGGAGUAAAUCAGAUUUGAGAAGAACUUAACCUAAAUUAUCCGUAUGUAACAAAAAAAUUCACUAGCACAUGAUAGCUGUUCCAUGGACUUGUAUUUGUAGUAGUAACACCUUGUUCAUAAGAAGUUACGCAAAUGCUGGACUGGAAAAGACGGUAGACGUUUACUAAUCUUAAUCCAAAUAAGUUCCCUAAUUACAAUAAGAAUACGCUGUAAUCAUGGCUACCUUUUUAAUGGUGCAUUAAUUAAUACUCGGUACAUACCUAGUCUACUUUAAGAUUAUUUUGUUGUAUAGGGCGAACUUUUGAAAAUGACAGUUUUGAAAUUCAAAAAAACUGUUCAAAAUCUCUUCAGACAGAAUUUUCUAGCUAAGAACACUUAGUUAUUUUGAACAGUUUUUCAGAAAUUUGUUAGCUCUGUACCUUCGAAACGGAUAGGUUUUCUAAAAAUCAUCAAAGAACGUUGCCUCGAGAUAGUCCAAAUCCCUUUGAACUUUUGAUCCAGAUUUAGGAAACACCCUGUAUAGCUAGAGUUAGGUAUGAAAGCGAAUCCAACAUCAGAAAGAACCCUCUUAAAAUGUUGAAAAAAACUGCCAGUAUAGUUACCGAUUCUAUCCUCAAAGUUUAUACUGAAAAAAGUGUAAAAAGUAUAAUGAAUACUUAGGAAAGAAGCAGAAUAAAUAGUUACCAAAUAGUUAUUAGUUAAUUAAGAUGUUCUGCCAUAGUGACACUGCCUCAACUUAAAGGUACUAAACAUUUUCCUGAAAUGAUCAUCACGUAAUUUUCUCAACUCACUCCCAUAUAAAUUGAAGCUCCUGUCAAAAUAACAAAUAUUUAUUAAUAUAUGUGAAAGAAGAAUGUUCCUGCUAAUUUUGAACACAGAUUAUCAUGAUACAAGCAAUAAAAUUAGUAGGACCCCAUUGUCGCGCCGAACCACAUAUAUAUUUAAAUUCCUGUUUAUUGUACGAGGAUUCGACUACCACUGUGGCCUUUUCCCAGUACAAUUGUCACACAAUUCACAAUGCCACAGUGGUGGCCGAAAAGUCGUACAAUAAAUAUAAAUUAAAACAUAUAAAUGGAGACCUAUGAACAUGAAAACCACAGGAUAACUUACAGGAGUUUCAUCAGUUAAAUGAAGAUUCGACUGCAGUAUUAAAAAACAUAUAUUCCUAUCAAAUAAUUUCAUUGUUUUAGUCCUUAAAAAAAUUGGAAUGUUCAUCAUGAUAUGCAAAUGAUGAAGACAUAUAAAAUCCGUGAUUUCUGAUUUACUCUUUAAGUAAAACACAAAAAUAUGUAAUCUAAGGUGAUCACUUUCUUCGCGCUUUAUUGUUAGCGCUCAUUCAUGUCACUCAACAAUGAUCAACUAACGGGUGUCCCUCUAUGACUUCAUUGUCGGACAUUGUUGAGUGACACUGUCGCUCGACUCGAGUCCUGUGCAUAAAUGGGUGCUAUAUAUCAUUCAAAUAUUUUUUCCGCGAUAUCUAUAAUCCUAGAAAACAAUGUUCCCUCGAAAAUAAUUUAUUUUUUUGUAAUAUAUACUCCGCAUAUUUAGUAGAGAAUACAUGAUAUUUUUGAUGAAAUUGUACAUAUUUUUUAUAUGAAAUGUAUAAAUAAUUCCAUUAGCUUUAGGAACAGAAUGUAUGCC